ACAACUUUUGAUAAAAACCAAACGAGAGAGAGAGAGAAAGAGAAUCGAUCAUCAAUGUCGUCGGACGAAGACACGAUUACAAGAAUCUCUAUCGAACCGGAGAAGCAAUCACUUCUCGAUCAUCACACCGAGAAACACUUCACCGCCGGAGAAAUCGUCCGUGACAUCAUUAUCGGCGUCUCCGAUUGUUUAACUGUUCCUUUUGCCCUCGCCGCCGGUCUCUCCGGUGCCAAUGCUUCUUAUCUUCUAUCGUAUUUAGCGGCAAAGAGUGAAGAGGAUCAUUACGCUAGGGAGAUGAAACGAGAACAAGAAGAGAUCGUGGCCGUUCCUGAAACUGAGGCAGCUGAAGUGGCAGAGAUUCUGGCACAGUAUGGGAUAGAGCCACAUCAAUAUUCACCUGUGGUUAAUGCUCGAAUCCUCAAGCUUGGCUUGAUUUUAUGAUGAGGUUAGUCUCACUAAUUUCAUUAGUAUUAUUUUAUGUAUAUUACAUAGUCAUAAUUAAGGAGAAAAUCGAGGGAUACUUUUAGUUUUCUGCAAAAGCUGAGCUUUAUACUUUCCAGGUGUGGACAAGAUUCUAUAAUAAGGUCUGACUUCCAAU